GAGGGCUGCUCACGGAACGGGAGUGGGGAUCGGUGAGGACGAUGGGAAAUCAGGGAGAGAGAGCAGGUCUCAGAGGCAGGAGGGGGCUCAGGACGGGUCACGAGUGGAGCUGGCGCUCAGGGAAUGAACGGGGCUCGGUGAGCAGGAUGGGAACUCAAGAGAGAAGAGGGGCUGCGGCUCAGGGCGUAACCGAGGCUGUCCCAGGCUCUGCCUCUGCCCACCCGGGCCUGGCUCCACACCUAUGGCUCCUCCCUUCUCCAGCCCAGCCCGCGGGUUGGGAGCCGGGCACUAAGCCCUGCGGAGAGGGAGGUUAAAGGUGAGCGGGCACGAGCCGGUCGCAGACGGGGAUUGGCAGGCGCCUGGGCCCAUGGCCCGGGCCAGGGCUGCCCCACAGGCCGCCGGCUGGGUGAGCGGUUGCCACCCACGUGCUAAGGAGAGAAGGAGGCACCGGAUCAAGGGGCAAAGGACACCCUGAGGGGGCGGGAGGGCGGGGGCCGGGCAGUGCCAGCGUCCACACCCGCUGCGUAGACAGCGCAGAGCCCUCUGCCGCCGGUGCAGAGAAGGCACCGAGAGCGAGUAGCCUCUGCCCGGAGCAUCCCGCGUGCGCCCCGGACGCCGCACGGACGCAGCACGGGAGACCUCGUGGCCCUGGCUGGGAGCCACCACGCCCUCCGCAGAUCGCGCAGAAUCCAGAUGUGGAGCGGAGGAAGAGCCCCGUGUGUGGCUUCGUGACCCCCCUGCAGGGGCCUGAGGCUGAUGAGCACCGGAAACCGGAGGCCGUCGUCUUGGAGGGGAAUUAUUGGAAGCGGCGCAUCGAGGUGGUGAUGCGCGAGUACCAUAAGUGGCGCAUCUACUACAAGAAGCGGCUCCGUAAGUCCAGCAGGGAAGGGGAUCUCCUGGCCCCAAAGCAGGUGGAAGGGGGGUGGCAGCCACCGGAGCGAUGGUGCGAGCAGCUUUUCACCAGCGUGGUGCCCGUCCUGCUGGCGGGCCCAGAGGAGGAGACCGGCGGGCGGCAGCUUCUGGAUCUCGAUUGCUUUCUGUCCGACAUCUCCGACACACUCUUCACCAUGACUCAGCCCGGCCCUACACCCCUGCAGCUGCCCCCCGAGGACGCCUAUGUCGGCAACGCUGACAUGAUCCAGCCGGACCUGACGCCUCUGCAGCCCAGCCUGGAUGACUUCAUGGAGAUCUCAGAUUUCUUCACCAACUACCGCCCCCCACAGACGCCUACAACUUCAAGCUUCCUGGAGCCCCCCAGCUUCGGCCCCAUGGCUGACCCUGUCCUCAGCAGUGGGAUCCUGGGCUCGGAGGUGCCCUCUGCCUGCUCGGGCAUGACCCACCUCUCGGGACAUAACCGCCUGCAGGCUCGGAGCAGCUGCCCUGGCCCUCUGGACUCCAGUGCCUUCCUGAGCUCUGAUUUCCUCCUUCCUGAAGACCCCAAGCCCAAGCUCCCACCCACUCCCGCACGCCCACCCCUCCUCCAAUACCCCAGCCCUGCCAAGGGGCUUGGCCUGGAGCCCUGUGCCCCACCCCCUUUCCCUCCCGUGGCUCCGCUGCCUGCUAUGCUGCAGGAAGAGCCUCUCUUCUCUCCCAGAUUCUCUUUCCCUCCUGUCCCUCCUGCCCCGGGAGUGUCCCCACCGUCUGCUCCCACGGCCUUCGCACCCACCCCCCUGCUGGGUCCAGGCCCUGCCCCCGCCCCCUUCCCCAUAGACCUUCUACCCUCGGGGUAUUCGGAGCCCCCGUUCGGGCCUCACUUCACCGUGCCCCAAGGCACGCGGCCCAGAGGCAAGCCCCCUACCCAGUCCCCCAGGGGGCGGAGGCCCAGCCCCCCCACCUUGGCCCCUGCCACUGCCGGGGGCAACAAUCCCUGCCUCGCACAGCUGCUCACAGCAGCCAAGCCUGAGCAAGCCCUGGAACCAGCGCUUGUGUCCAGCGCCCUCCUCCGGUCCCCAGGGUCCCCGGUAAGAUGGCGGGCACUGGGAGGUGGCGGUGAACCCCGGGGCUUCACCCCGACUCUCUGCCCUUCUCCACCCCAGCAGGAGAUAGUCCCCGAGUUCCCCUGCACCUUCUUUCCCCCGACCCCGGCCCCUACACCGCCCCGACCACCUCCGGGUCCAGCCACAUUGGCCCCUCCCAGGCCCCUGAUUGUCCCCAAAGCGGAGCGGCUCUCGCCCCCAGCACCCAGCGGUGGUGAGCGGCGGCUGUCCGGGGAGCUCAACUCCCUGCCGGGCCCGGGGACUCUGAGCGUGUGCAUCUCUUCCCCUCAACGCGUCCUAAGCCGGGGCCAUCCGGACAACAAGACCGAAACCCGGCGCAUCACACACAUCUCUGCGGAGCAGAAGCGGCGCUUCAACAUCAAGCUGGGGUUUGACACUCUGCACGGGUUGGUGAGCACGCUCAGCACCCAGCCCAACCUCAAGAUGAGCAAAGCCACCACGCUGCAGAAGACGGCCGAGUACAUCGCCAUGCUGCAGCAGGAGCGAGCCGCCAAGCAGGAGGAGGCCCAGCAGCUCCGGGACCAGAUCGAGGAGCUCAAUGCCGCCAUCAACCUGUGCCAGCAGCAGCUGCCCGCUACGGGAGUGCCCAUCACACACCAGCGGUUCGACCAAAUGCGAGACAUGUUCGAUGACUAUGUCCGGACCCGCACGCUGCAUAACUGGAAGUUCUGGGUAUUCAGCAUCCUCAUCCGGCCUCUGUUCGAGUCCUUCAAUGGGAUGGUGUCUACGGCAAGCCUGCAGAGCCUCCGCCAGACCUCACUGGCCUGGCUGGACCAGUACUGCUCCCUGCCUGCUCUCCGACCAACUGUUCUGAACUCCCUACGCCAGCUGAGUACAUCUACCAGUAUCCUGACGGACCCGGACUGUAUACCCGAGCAAGCCACACGGGCAGUCACAGAGGGCACCCUUGGCAAAUCUUUAUAGUGCUGGCCGGACCGUGCUGCUCACUCAGCUGCCCUGGGGCUGCUCUCCCUGGGCACGCCCCUCCUGCUCCGGGUCCCGGCUGUCAAGCAGGGUUUCUUCUGAUCUCCUGGGAGCCAGGAAGAACUGAGUUCCAGUCCCUGCUCUACUAUAGCGACAACGCUGUGACCUGGGGAGCUCAUCCUCCCUCUUUGGACCUCCAUUUUCCAGUCUGCAAAAUGGGGACGGGGAAGCUUCAAGUAGAAGAGGAUCCCAAGGCCUUAGCAGCUGUGGCGCUUGGGGGCCUAAGCUGGCAACUCAGGGAGUUUGAAAGAGGGAAGGGGACGAUGCUUCCUUGUCACUCCCACCUGCUCCCCCCACAGGUCAGGCACAGGCCUCUGUUUCUAAGCCGGGAAGGAGAAAAGGAGGUUCCUUCUCUCUGCUCCUCCACUGGUAGCCUGGAGGGGCUGCAGGAUGGCAUCCCUGCGUGAGGCCAGGAAGGUCUGAUCCCAGGAGGGAGCAGGACAGGGGGUGGCCAAGCCAGGGGAGGCACCUGGUAUGUGUGUGGAUGAGUGUGUGUGGAUUUUGUAAAGAAUUCUUGACCAAUAAAAACAGAAACUGUCAGGGA